GGGAGCCGUGUUUGUGGGCCGGGCGGGCGCCGGAGGCUCUGCCGCCGGACCUGUAAGUGUGUGACGUCCGGGUCGGCGGAAGCCUGACCCGAACACAGAGAGCUAUUUGUGGUGUUGGGUCCGGCAGCCGACCCUUCGUUCGCUCGCGUUUUCUCUACGGGACAAACGCCUGCCGGCCCCGGCCGCGAGGCGCCGGCUCCCCAGAUGGGACCGAGGCCCUGAGAGAAAGUCACUUACCAGAGUGUGUAAGGUCUUCAUCCAGAGCUCAAGUGUUCUGGCUCUUGGGCCCAGGUCAGACCUUCUGGUUCCCUUUCCUCAUGUACUUGUCUGGGGGGCCUAUAUUGGUCAAGAGUGAAUUCACAGUUGGUCCACCAUGAACUGGAAGGUUCUUGAACACGUGCCCCUGCUGCUGUAUAUCUUGGCAGCGAAAACAUUAAUUCUCUGCCUAGCAUUUGCUGGAGUGAAAAUAUACCAAAGGAAAAGAUUGGAAGCAAAACAGCAAAAACUGGAGGCUGAAAAGAAAAAGCAAUCAGAGAAGAAGGAUAACUAAAGCGAAAUCAAAGAUUUGGCAACAUAAAUGUCAGCUUGAGUGGACUCCAGCUGAGAAGAAAGAGAAGAAAGGCUUAAUGAUUAAUUGUCAGAGGAUGGACUCUCAACCUAUACUUUUAAGUUAAAAUAAUGAACUUUUUAUGCUUUUAAAAGAACCAAUAUUUUGUUUACUAAAAUUAAAUACCUUUGUAAAAA